GGGAAGGUGUGACUCAAAUCCCCGGAGCCCCCUCAAGUAUUGUCAAGCUGUGCUUCAGUGUUGCUUGCUGGGAAAUAAGGAAAGAAAUUUGACACCAAGCCUCAUCUUGGCUACUGAAAUAUCUUCUCUGAGGUCACUCGACUUAAAGGGCAUUUUUUAUUAUUGUUUUGUCGAGUCUUGUUGGAAGAGGGUCCCUUGAUCAUGCAAAACGGAUCCUGGGGAAAUCAGAAAUUUUCUUGUCCACAUAAUCUCUGCAUUCCGACUCCCCCUCUACCUCCGUCACCUUGUAAAAUUGGCAGGCUCUGGACCUUUUGCAUGCUGGAGAAAAUCACUGUUUUGCCUCCAGCAAGAAGCAUGCAUGUUGCAACACUGACUCCUCCUCUAGUGAAGAAAGAGUGAACAAGUGCACCGAGUUGAGCUUCUUCACAGAGACACGCGGCUGGCGACUGCUGAGCAGAGGCUAAAAUCCCCAGACGCCGGGUCUUCUGGGCUGGGCUUUCCCCGCCUUCCUGUUCUGUCUACUCGCUCUUCUCCUGCGUUCUGGAUUUUACCCAGGGCUCAGGAAACAGCUUUACCUGCAGUGAGAAAGCUCGCGUCCUCUGCAGGAAGUACUCACCGCCUGGUAUGGCAGACUUUUCUCCCCAGCAAAACUAAAGGACACUUCUCCUGUCUGUGAAGGUGAGCACCACAGAUGCUUUGCACAUGAGCCCUGAAGGGAGCCUCUGAUACAUUGCCUGUAGCAAGAAACAGGGGCCAACAUGAAGGAAAACAUGCCAUCUGCCCUUGCUUUCAUCUUCCUUUUUCUCAACAUCAGCCUUCUUAAUGGACAGUCACCACCUGGAAAGCCUGAGAUCCACAAAUGUCGCUCUCCUGACAAGGAAACGUUCACCUGCUGGUGGAACCCUGGGACAGAUGGGGGACUUCCUACCAAUUACUCACUGACUUACAGCAAAGAAGGAGAGAAAACCACUCAUGAAUGUCCAGACUACAAAACCAGUGGCCCCAACUCCUGUUUCUUCAGCAAGCAGUACACUUCCAUAUGGAAAAUAUACGUCAUCACAGUAAAUGCCACUAAUCAGAUGGGAAGCAGUGCAUCCGAUCCACUUUAUGUGGAUGUGACUUACAUAGUUGAGCCAGAGCCUCCUCGGAACCUGACUCUAGAAGUGAAACAGCUAAAAGACAAAAAGACAUAUCUGUGGAUAAAAUGGUCCCCACCCACCAUAACUGAUGUAAAAACUGGUUGGUUUACAAUGGAAUAUGAAAUUCGAUUAAAGUCUGAAGAAGCAGAUGAGUGGGAGACCCAUUUUACAGGACAGCAAACACACUUUAAAGUUUUUGACUUAUAUCCAGGACAAAAGUACUUUGUCCAGACUCGCUGCAAGCCAGACCAUGGAUACUGGAGUAGAUGGGGUCAAGAGAAUUCCAUUGAAAUACCCAAUGACUUCACCUUGAAAAAUACAACCGUGUGGAUAAUUGUGGCCGUUCUCUCUGCUGUCAUCUGUUUGAUUAUGGUCUGGGCAGUAGUUCUGAAGGGCUAUAGCAUGAUGACCUGCAUCUUUCCACCAGUUCCUGGGCCCAAAAUAAAAGGAUUUGAUACUCAUCUGCUGGAGAAGGGCAAAUCUGAAGAACUCCUGACUGCCUUAGGAUGCCAAGACUUCCCCCCCACUUCUGACUCUGAGGACUUGCUGGUGGAGUUUUUAGAAGUGGAUGACAAUGAGGACGUACAACUAAUGCCCUCCCAUUCCAAAGAGUACCCAGGGCAAGGUGUGAAACCCACACACCUAGAUCCAGACAAUGACUCUGGUCAUGGAAGCUAUGACAGCCAUUCUCUUUUGUCUGAAAAGUGUGAGGAGCCUCAGGUCUACCCCCCUGCUUUCCACAUUCCUGAGAUCAUUGAGAAGCCAGAGAAUCCGGAAGAAAAUAUUCCUCCCACCCAGGAUGCCCAAAGCAGCAUCCCCUAUUUUCAUGCAGAUGUAUCCAAAUCUUCAACAUGGCCUUUACUGCCUGGCCAGCACAUGACCAGAUCUCCUUAUCACAGCAUCGCUGAUGUGUGCAAGCUAGCAGGAGGUCCUGUAGAUACACUCGCCUCUUUCCUGAACAAAACAGGAAGAAAUGUUCUAAAAUGUUCUAAAACCCUUGAGACUGAAGAGGAAAAGAUAGCUGGGCAAGAGAAGAAGAAAAGCUUCCAUUCUGAGACUAAACAAAACACAUCGUGGCCUCUGCUCCAGGAGAACCUCCCCGUUGUCUAUGCUAAACCCCCAGAUUAUGUGGAGAUUCACAAAGUCAACAAAGAUGGAAUAUUAUCAUUGUUCCCCAAACAGAAAGAAAACGACCAGGCAGAGAAGCCCGGGGUUCCCGAAACCAGUAAGGAGUAUGCCAAGGUGUCUGGGGUUAUGGAUGACAACAUCCUGGUGUUAGUGCCAGAUUCACGAGCUCAGAACACAGCUUUGUUUGGGGAAUCAGCCAAGAAGGCUCCACCAUCGCUUGAACAGAACCAAUCUGAGAAAGAUCUAGCCAGCUUUGCUGCAACCUCAAGCAACUGCAGACUCCAACUGGGCAGGCUGGAUUACCUGGAUCCUACAUGCUUCACGCACUCCUUUCACUGAUAGCUAGACUUACUGAACGAUUGGCUAAAAUGUGAUUUUUCUUCAGGUAACACUACAGAGUCAUGGAAUAACGCGGUCUGCUAGAAAAUGUUACAGGAUGUGGGUUAAUUAUUCACUCCUUUUCCGUGCUCGUGUCCAACACUUGCCUCUUUUCAACAGCUGAUCUCCAGAACAAAUCAAUCUUGUUUUCUGUGAUUUGCUCUUUGCAAAUAUAUAUAUAUAUAUAUAUAUAUAUAUGUGUGUGUGUGUUCAAUGAAAUAAAAACACAUUGUUUACCAUUCUUGAGGGAUGGUGCCAACAGGUAUAGCCUCUGCAAUAGAAUUUUGGCAUGUGACAGAAAGUAUGAAACAGUCAAAAUGACUUAGCACAAGAAGGUGACUGAUAUGUUGAAAAUGCCAUGAAAAAUGUGUUGAAAAAAACUGAUUGUUAAGCCUUUACACUCCUCUUUCAUUUUCUUAGGAUGGUUGAAGCAUAGCACUUUUUUGAAGGAAUAGAUUCCAGGACACCAGCCAAAUUGUUUACAAUAGUCUCUAUACCUUACUGACCCUUUGCUUGUAUGCAAAUGAAAUCAUGCCCCCAUUUUUUUUCUCAAAGUAAUCUGAGUAUGCUAAGCAUGGGUUAUUCCACCUAAACUAUUUGUUUCUAAGGCCUCUAGAGUGUAUAGUUUGGGGGAAUAAAACUUUCUUACAAAGUAAGGCCAAUGAAUUUCACAUAGUGAACCUUUUCAAAUGUUUUCCUUGCUUAAUUUCAGCAGGAUGGAUGAUUUGUUAUAGCCCCUAGUAUUUUCUUAGUGGAAAAAUGAAUUCCCAAAGACUAUCUUUAAUCUAAACAGUAGUCACUGCAGAAUGCUAACAGAAGUGUUGCCUUACUGUAUAUACAAUUCUGCUUUAAUACAAACCCGUAAGUUUAGCACUGUAUUUUUGAAGACUAUUUUUCUAUUGCUUAGGAAAAUUAAAGACUAUUUUCUAACUUCCCAGUACUGCUGUUUACGUCUACAAGCGGUGACAGUCAUUUUAGCUGCAAGGUCAUAAUGAUUAUUCAAAGUACAUAUAGCAGAUACAGACCCUGUUAGAGUGAAAUGUCAACCCAUUAUCCCCUGAGGAGUGUGGAGUGGAUGAAAACUUCAAUUAAGUACAAUAGAGUAGCUUUUAUCUGAUUAUUUUUUAUCUCCAGGAUACUUUAAAUAGCAGCCAUUGCUGACUUAUGGUUUGAGGACUGUCUAGACCUAAAAUAUUUCUCCCGUGAACUUAGGGCUUAUCCACUUAUGGGGGAAUCUUAUGAACCACCAUGAAAAUGGAGAUUAGUGACUGCUAGCAUAGUUUUCAAGACAGAGACCUGACUUUGGCUUAUUUAAUGUUCUCCGAGCAAUCCCGAACGAAAAGAAUUUUAAGCAAAACCAAAAGUCAGUAUCUUUUUGGAAUAAAUGUAUUUGCAAACUCUUGGCAGAGGUUGUGCUCGCACAAGAAUGUCCAGAUAAAAGUUCUAGGAAAGUGAGCAGCUGUCCCGUGACAAGAACUGCUUCAAAGACUCAAAGGUCAGGGGAUGGGAGAAUCUGCAAGACAGCUCCAAGGGCAGACCUCCAGAGGAGGCUCAAAGCCUUGUAGCUCCAUUUUAAUAGGAUUAUCCAUGAUGCAUCUACUGCACUCUGUCUCUCUCUGCCUUACAUCUCACCUACUGGCAAAUUAAUUCUCUAUCCAUCCUCUAACCUGAUGUAGAGACUCUGAUCUCACCUCUUGUGAUUCAAAUUUUUCACCCAACAAGCACAAAUUUUUCACCCAACAAGUAACUGGACUCAGAGACUCCUUGAUGACUGAAAGGAAACAUGUAGCUAAUACUUUCAGAGGUGCAAGUUCAAACACUUUGAGCAUAUUUUCCCAAUACACAAACAUCUUGUGAACAAUAGAAGCAUUUGAGAAACUUGUCCAGGCUCAUUCAGUGCCCUGGAUCCUCCAUACUGAAUGUCUGAGGACCAACUGCAUUGGCAUCGAGUUGGCGCUACUUGGAAAUUUUGUUUGCAGCAUCUCAAACCUUGCAGAGGACAUACAGAAUUGGAGUCUGCCUUUUUACAAAAUGCCCAGCUAGCUCACCUGCUCACUCAAGCUGAAGAAACAUUGUUGUCUACGACCAUUUCCAUGAAAGGUUAUUUUUGCCUCUCUUGGAAAGUGUGGAGCAAGCCUAUUUAACUUGAAAUGAACAGCACUAUAUGUAAAGAAAAAGAAAAACCAAAAUUACUAGUGACUUAAGAUUCACAUAAUGAUGGAAAUUAUAUGAAGUCACAUGAGAGAAUAGCAUGCAAAAUACACAACUUCCAAGAGGGCCAAAAAAAUCUAGUUCACCUUGAAGACUACUGACAAAGAAAAUAAACUUCAAAACCAGUAUAAACUAAACCUUUCCCAACAUAUUCUAUUCCUCUCCAGAAGUUAAAUAUAUGUGUUUAUUUACUAAUUAUGACCACAAUAGAAUUGAUAGCACAUAUGUUACUCAUAGUUUGAAAUUUAAAAAUCUGCUUCUGAUAUAUGAUUUUGCAUAAAUGAAAAAUAUAGCUGUAAAGACAAGUUACGCCCCCCAAAAAUUAGUUAAUGUUUAUGAAAUAAAAUCUAAUCUAUAGUUCUACUCAUUUAUUAGAAUUUUAUGGUCAAAUAUUUUCUGUUGAAAGAUAGCUGCUUGAGUUAAAGAAUGAAUAUGAAGAGUCAAGACACCUGGAUUCUAGUUCUGUUUUGCCUUGGAAAGGCCAGUUACUUCUUCUGGAUUUCAGUUUUCUCUGACUAUGUUGGACAGAUAAUCUGUAAGGCCUUUUGAAAUUCAAUCCCCUUGAUUCUGUGGCUCACUGAGUAAUUUGAACCAAUCCCUGGCAUCUUAGUUAAGUUGUCAGACAGAGAAAUGCUCAUCCCUGCUCCACUCUUAAAAGUCUCAGCACCCUGUUUGUCUUCAUAUAUUACACAUGUAUUUCACAUUAUAUAGAUACAGUAUAAGUCAUAAAUAAGACCAUGUGCAAAUAUGUUUGUGGAAAUAAGAGGUAGAGCUAAGAAAGACACAGGAAAUGAGAUAUUAGUCUUUAGAAAAAUUAUCUUUUAUGCAUCAAGCCAUGCUCCUUCCUACAUGGAGCCAACAACUCAAAUCUUUGUUCUGAUAUUUGGUUGUGAUGAAUAACCAUCACAUGUGGAUGAAAGAUGCUUUUGCUCUGAAUCACAAAAUUUAUAGUUUCAUAAGCGUCUCUCUAAGAAUUCAAGUGAUGAAGUACAUGGAAACUUGAUAGAUCCAGCAGAUGAUUGAUGGAACUUUAGGAUGUAAAUGGCAAAAUGUUCUCUGAUAGGCUUUAACAAGUGCAUAGAAGGAACUUUAAUAUGAGCACAAAUUACUAUCAGCUGUGCCACUGAAUUUUGACAGAUGACAGAUUCUCCUAAGUGCCUGAGGCCCAUUCUGCUAAUCAGUUAUAGGUUAAUGACCACUGUGAACUAGUUAAGUUGGAAGCAGCCAAGUUCUUGUUGUAUGUGUAAAGUCAAAGCCGGGAGACUCUUUGCUUGACAUGAUCCAAGAGAACCGGUGAAUCCUCAGUUAAUGAGUAACCAAAGGACAUGAGCUCCAUGGGAAAGUUUGUCUGGAUGGAGACCAAGCUCUCUUUUUUCUUUCUUUUUUUUAUUCAGCUUACCUCUGCUGUCCAUCAUUUGCCAAAAGACUUGGCCUGCCCUUAGCAGCUUCAAUCUAGCAUAGACAAGAAAGAAACAGAUCCAUGUAUGUUUUACAAAGUGCCUUCUUUACUUUUUCUUUUUAAAAGGUUUCACUUUGGAAGAAAAGUGCAUUGAUUGGAAAGUAAAUUUUACCUUGAAUGGAUUUCUUUUAAAUAAAUGGAGAGAUGGAAAAAAAAGAGAAGCCAGAAAGGGGAUUGCAAAAUGAUCUAAAGACUAACCAGCAAACUAUGCAGGGACUUUUGUGUAUAAUUUAAUUGUAUCAUCACAGAACUGAAAUUAAUAGUGUCAACCACUUUGCCUGACUCUGAGUGUGAUUGGAGAUAAACCUGCAAGCCUAUGACUCAAGACUUUCCAUUCUGAAACAAAAUGUUGAUGCAUUCUUGAGUGGCAUUGAAUUACAUGCCAGGCGUCAAAGAGGACAGUAUGUACACUUUGAAGCUCUGCACAUGGAUGGAACAGUAGUAAUGACCUUGAAUUUCUAUCCCCCAGCUUCACAUGGAUGAAAGCCUCAUGUGUAUUUCAUUGAACAAGGUUUCUUUUCUGACUUUUUGGCUCAAACACGAUAUCAAUGCUGCCAGGAGAGUCAUGGAGCCCUCCAUGUCCAGUUCUAGAUCACAUCACUUCUACUAAAUAGGCUGUGUGACCCUGAUCAUCUAUUUUAAUUCUGGCCACUGGUUUCCUCUCUUUAAAUAAGUAGGUUGAUGUCCUUAAAAAUGUUGUUUCUAAUAUUUCUUCUAGGUCUGUCUUUGAAUUCAUUCUCAUGAGUUAAAUAAAGUCUAAGACUGCAAGUGCAAAGCCCAGAUGUUACUGCCCACAUGCCCUUGACUUAGGCAAUGAAUUCCUGAGACAGUGUGUAGAAAUGCUUAACAGAAAACUGAGAUCCAUUUCUCUAAAUUAGGUAGACCAAAACCCUCAUGAAUCUGCUUCCUUCCAGUUCUGCUUACUUAAAGUUUUUACAGCCCCUCUUUCCAGGACCAUUUAUUCUCCCUAAAGAUUAAUUGUGUAGACUAGUAAACUUGGGGUCUACAGGAACAAAAUUACCCAUAAGCAAUUAUUUUGGCUGUGUAUAAGAUGGACCAAUUGUUAAAUCUCCACACAGACAACCUCAAGUUGAGGUCAUAAGUAAUACUCCAUGUAAUACUCCAUUUAGAUAUGUACUUGCUGAUAGAAUCAAGCUGGUAACUCAUUGUCUAAUAAAUCUAAGUUAUCUUGAUGAGUAUGUAUUGACUAUCUUAAAGAGAAACUCCAAAAUAAAGAUUGUUUGCUUCAGAGCUUGUGAUUUAACAAGAAAAUCUACUUAUAAUUACAGUCUUUUCCUAUGAUUAGUAGACAUCACCCAUGAAUCACAGGGGAAUUUUCUCCUCAGCCUUUUAUUUUCCAAGAAGGUAACUUUGAGUUUGAGCUCUUCAUGUUAUCAGUUUCCAGUGGAGGGAAAGGGUAGAAAAUGGGAUGUUCCAAAGAAUGGGACCUAUGAGAACCUCAUGAAAUGGAGAGUAUCCAUUAACUCAAAUCUAACUGAAAAUGGUAAAUCUACAUGUAAUUAUGAAUUAAUUGCUGAGAGGCAUACAUAACUCAUAAGACUAUGAACUAACAGCUGUUCUUUUCACCCUGAUCCUUUUAUUUCAAGUUCAAAAGCAUUGACACACAUAGAGCAGAAAUGCAUCCUUCUAUAUGGUCUAGCCAAUGAGUAAAGGGGCUCACAGAUCAUGUUGGUGUAUUAAUUAAUAUUUACGUACUACCAUUUAAAAAGAGGAUAAAAAAUUCUAGAAGCCUUUUGUGGUUGAGGCAGUUCUAUCAAUCAAACUUUAAUAGUUAUUAUGGUCAAAUUAUGGCCCCCUCAAUAAACUUCAAAAUACAGGCUUUGUCUGUAUACAUUUUGCAAAUUGGAGAGGCAAUCUUUUUAUCUUAUUAUCUAAAAUGAAAAAAAAACUAUAUGGGAAAAAUACCGCUGAAAAUCAUUUGUUCUAUAAAAUUCCUGAGAAAAUGUUUUGAAUUUUUAAAACUACCUCCCUUCCACAUCCCAAUGACCUUCCUUCAAAGCUGCUUAUAGUUAGAAAUAAAAGAUGCCACAUUUUAUGUUUGGACUGGUGUUGAUGAAAUGUUUGAUAUAUUUCUCAUGUGAUACUCCUAACUCUAAAGUACCUGUUUACUUUACACUAUAUUGCUUUUUGUUGUUCAAAACCAGUAUAUGCCGUAUUGAAAUAUAUAAUCCUCAUGUUGUAAAUUUAUCAUGUAAUACAAAUGAAAAUCAUUAUUUAAUGACUUGUGAUCUAACAUAUCUAAUUUCAAUAUAGUUAUGCCUAUGUCUGUAAUUAAAAUUAAAAUAUAUAAUCAUAUAUGUAAUCAUAUAUUUCUGUUGAAACUGUGAAUGUACUGAUUUUUUUCUUAAUCUUUGUCAACAAGUGAUAUUGUUUGUCAUUGUAUACCUGCCCAGUUGUUUUAAUGUGUUUAAAGUACAAUCCACUGAUUAUUGAAAUGUCGGCCCUUUGGCUUUGCUUCAUGUGAUCCCUGAGUGUUCUUUGCACCUUGAGACUUGCUUUUGUGCUGUAUCACUAAUUUUUUUGAUCUCGCAAACAAUGUAAGGGUCUCUUGUAUAAACCAAAGCAAUCCAGACACAGCCCGUUGAGUGAUCAUGUCCAGUGUAAAGCCAUAUUGAAGCACAGAGUCCGCUGUAGCAUAAGGUUCCCUAUUUCCAAAGCUGCCACUACCUCUCUCUCACUCUUUCCCUUAUAAAAUGCCAAGUAAAUUCAACCUUAAGUGGGAAAUUAGGGGUGAUUACUAACAUUGUCAUUUUUAACCUGAUAAUAUACCUUCUAAAUGGCUACUUUUCAGAUUUAUGCUAGCUUUUAUGAAUAACAGUUUUUACAUUUUGAUAUUUUGUAGACAUUGGCUGAUGAGUAAAGUACAGAAAGACUACAGAGUAAGUCAUCAGAAUUUUUCUAAAAAAGAAUCAUAGAGUGCACGUAUUUUCCCUAUCAGUGAGUCACCUCAAGGUGGUUGGCCAAAGCCAUUAUAACCUGUGUCAUUAUACGUAAAAUGUCCAACUCAGUGCCUGGCUCACAGUGUUUCUUUCUCUUGCCUCCCCUAGUUCUGUUUUUUGUUUCAAAUGCAAAUGAACAGAAGUACAUGGAUGCUGAUUAAGUGAUUUUCUUGAAGACUUUUUGCUGCUAGAAAAUCUAUUAUCAUGAAUUUGUAAUUUGACUUCCCAAACUCCCACGACAAAAUAAACACCCUCUUAAUUUGAUUUUACCCAUCAAAUAUAUUAUGGCAUGGAAAGAGUCAGCCAUUUAUCAGAAAUAAUCUUGUUUUGGUUUUAACAAUUCAUUUCUGCGUUUCACUAUUGUGAUGUCUACUUUUAUUUCUUCUAGUAUUAAAGGAUUAUACAAUGGUAAACUCAUAUGAUUUGUCCUCUUACAUUUUUCAUCCUGUGAAUCUUGGGUUAUUGCAUGUUGUGGUUGCAGAUUUUCACAGAUUCAUCCAUUUGUCUCUUUCCACUUUGUAGGGACAACAUGGACAAUUAAAUCUUUGUCAAUAAUGUGAAAAUUAUGCUAAUUUCUCUCACAUUAUUUUUACUGCAUGCAAGAAAUAAUGCUUGCCAAACAGACUCUUAGAGAUCCCAGAAUAAUAUGGUCAUUAUAUUUCUAUGUGUGUCACUAAUGAAAAUACCCAGUUCAGUGCCUGUCUCAAUAAAUGUUUGUUUCUCUUG